GUCAAACGACUGGAGUACCUCCUGGACGAGGGAACCAUUAUAUUGAAUAAGGCUUUCGUGGGCGUCGACGCACUGGUAGCUAUGAUAGGGGUCACCGAAAAGGGUUACCUCACCGUCCGUAUGACUGCUAAGGGAGAGGUGGGCCACUCGUCGAUGGCACCGGUAGACACAGCCAUCACUACUCUCGCGAAAGCCGUCUCAAAGUUUGAGUCGACAGUUCACCCGAAUAUGUUUGGUUUGGGACCCGAGAAGGACUUGUUUGAAGCCUUCGCCCCAACCGCCCGUUUCCCCUAUAACUGGAUUUACAGUAAUUUAUGGCUCUUUGGACCCGUUUUCUCAAGAAUAUUGAGUGCAAAGCCGGCGGCUAAUGGUUUGGUGCGGACUACCAGUGCAGUCACUAUUAUUGGCGGCGGGUUUAAAGAGAAUGUAUUACCCAGCUCAGCCACCGCUUAUGUCAAUCAUCGCAUUCAUGUCAAGCAAACCGUCGAUGAAGUGCUUGACUUUGAUCGCCGACUCAUUAGCGACGACCGCAUAGAGCUGGCCAUUGAAGGCCUUCCCAUACAUCCACAUCCCAUCUCCCCAUACGAUGACAACGCAUUCGGGUAUCAAAUAAUCAGAAGAAGUAUUAGACAAGUAUUCAACGAUACAGUGGUUGUGCCCGGGAUUAUGUUAGCCAACACUGACACCAGAUGGUAUCAACACUUAACGCCAGCCAUAUAUCGGUUCUCACCGUCCGUUUUAUUCCCUGAAGACACCAAAAGAUUUCAUGGACAUAACGAACGCAUAACUGUUGAUAACUAUAUCAAAACAGUCAACUAUUAUCACCACAUUAUAGUGAACUCCGAUUAUAAGGAUAUUCCCGAUAGACAGCCAGUAAAAGACGAACUCUAAUCACUAAACCCUCUAAUAAUUUAAGAAAUUUAGUCUUUUUGUACAAAUGAUUGCAAUUACUAUUGAAUAUGUCAUUUAGAAAAGUCUAUGAAAUAAAUGUUCAAAACAUAGAGUUCUCA